GCGCGCGCACCUCCCUCUUCUCCUGCUGGGCCGCCGAGCAUCCAUCCCGUCCCACCAUGCCGCGAGCCGGAACUGGCCGCAACUUGCAGCCGCGGCAACCAUAAUCCUCUUCCUCCUCUUGAGAAAGAGAGAGAGAGAACUCCAGCCGGGGCUGGUGCCUUUUGCCUCCUCUGCUCUCCUAGGUUGGGAGAGUCUUCGCCAAGGGGAUAGCAAAAGAGAAAGUACUUGCAUACCCCAACAAGGCAACAGCGCCUGCUUUUUGCCUCCUUUUCUCGCCCCCUCCCCCCUCCUCUUUUGGCCGGCCUCCUCUCCUCUCCAGCUCUCCUCUCUCCGCGUCUCGUCCCCGUCUCCCUCUCUUUGUUCGUUUCAUCACUCGAGUUCGUUGGAGUGCGAGGCACGGAGGAGAUCGAGUCGACAAGGAGGGCAGUGGACCACACGGUGACCAGCACACCUAGCCAUGUGGGAUCUUAAUGAUUCCCCGGCUGCCGAGGCCGCGCCGCCGUCCCCGUCCGCCGACGACUCCGGCGCGUCCUCCUCGUCGGCCGCCGCGCCCGUCGAGAUACCCGACGACGCCGACGACGACUCUGCCGCCGCCGCAGCCGCCGCGGACGCCGUGGUCACGCGCCAGUUCUUCCCGGCCCCGGCUGCGGCGCCCGGCGCGGCGGGCAGCGCGCGCGCGGGCUGGCUCCGCCUGUCCGCCGCGGCCCCGCCGCCCGCCUCCAACGGCGCGACGGCCUCCGGCGCUGCAGGGGCGGCGGCGUCCAAGAAGAGCCGGCGCGGGCCGCGGUCGCGCAGCUCGCAGUACCGCGGCGUCACGUUCUACCGCCGGACGGGACGGUGGGAGUCGCACAUAUGGGAUUGCGGCAAGCAGGUCUAUCUGGGCGGAUUUGACACCGCUCACGCGGCGGCUCGGGCGUACGAUCGGGCGGCGAUCAAGUUCCGCGGCGUGGAGGCCGACAUCAAUUUCAACCUGGAGGAUUACGAAGACGACAUGAAGCAGCAGAUGGGCAACCUGAGCAAGGAGGAGUUCGUCCACGUGCUCCGGCGGCAGAGCACGGGGUUCCCCCGGGGCAGCUCCAAGUACAGGGGCGUCACGCUCCACAAGUGCGGGAGGUGGGAGGCGCGCAUGGGCCAGUUCCUCGGCAAGAAGUACGUCUACUUGGGCCUGUUCGACACCGAGGAGGAAGCCGCCAGGGCGUACGACCGCGCGGCCAUCAAGUGCAACGGCAAGGACGCGGUGACAAACUUCGAUCCCAGCAUUUACGCCGAGGAGCUCGAGCCGGCGGCGGCGACGACUGGCGGCGGCGACGAGCACAACCUGGACCUGUCGCUGGGAAGCUCGGCCGGGAGCAAGAGGGGCAGCCUUGAUGGCGGUGGCGCCGGCGACGACGAGACCUCGGACCAGCGCGUGCCCAUGGCGUUCGACCUCGACUGGCAGACGGCCGCGGCCCGGAGCACGAAAGCAAAGUUCGACGCGAGCUCCAAGCAACCCCAGAUGCCUCCCCCCUUGCAAGGCGCUCACCACCUGCCGUUCAGCCCCAGGCAUCAGCAAUUCCUGAGCAACGAGGGCGAUCCGGGGACAGCGGGGGGCCUGUCCCUGGCGAUCGGCGGCGCGGGCGCCGUUGGCGGGCACUGGCCUCCCCAGCUGCUGCAGCAGCAGCAGAGGCUGUUGCACGGCUGGGGCAACGGCGGCGGCACGAGCUGGCCGCUGCCGCCGCACCCUCCGCCACCGACCAACGCCGCCGCCGCCGCCGCCGCGACCGCAGCUGCAGCAUCAUCACGAUUCCCUCCCUACGUCACGACGCAAGGCCCGACGAGCUGGGUUCAGAAGAACGGGUUCCACUCGCUGGCCAGACCCACCUAGAGCAAGAAGGACCAGCGACCGUGCAUCGACCGAUCGUCUUCCACGGCAGAGAGAUCAUCUGACGACGUUCUAAAGCCAAAACGAUUCCUCGAACCACGGCGACGUUUACCGGAGACGACAGACAACUGGACGCAAUUCUUUCCUCCCUUUUUCUCUUCCAUUAUUGCCCUUUUCCCCUUCUUCUCUGUUUCUUGAUUGGGUGAGAGACAUGGAUCCGAGGAUGGAUGGACAUGUAAAUGAGGAGUUCCCGAGAAGACGACGAUGAGUGAUUGGUAGGCGUCGCAUCGAGCAAGCAGUGUGUCUUUUUUGCCGCUUUUUUUCACCAUUGGCCAGCACCGAUGGCACCGGGGUGUCAACAUCACAGCUCAUUUUGUUUGGUCUCAUGUUGCAUCACUCGCUCGCUGCACGAUGGCCGUGGUUGGGGGAAAUUCGCUGCGUCCACCACCGCCGGUGGGCCGACAGAACCUCCGUAUGUGGUGUGGAUUACUAUCUUAGAAUAUUUGUGGUGUGGGUCUCGUGCUCGUGUUAAACCUAGUAUUAUGUGGUAACUGUCAUCAUCAGGCAGCACUCGAAUAAGAUACUUAUUAACCUUGAGAUUACUGCGGCUCCGGUCAUGUGGAAGCGUAUGGCUUCCUACUGGGAAAACUGAUAGGGUGUCCAAGUCUGUAACCAUCACUGGACAGUAAAUCUCUCCUGUAAAGUCCUUUUCUCCGUUGUUGUUGUUGUCCUCUUGAAACAUUGUCUCAAUUACGCUACCUGUUAUCAAAA